GAGCAUUCACUAUUGAUAGCAUGUAAAUUAGUAAUAAUAAUUGUAAUAAGUUCAUCAUGUAAAUUUCCUUCUGCAUUGCGGAGGAUAAGACUUUGAAAAUAUGGUGCGGUUGAUAUUUCUAUUAUGAUUAACUUUAGUGGAAGUUCUUUAUAAAUAUAUAUUAGAAAAACUUCGAAGAUUUCUUCUCGGUUUUUGUCUGCUCUUUGACCAAUUCACAUUAUCUCAUAUCUUGCAACAUUAUUGUAUAUCCUUUUAAAUUCAUCCUUCUGGGUUUUCUUUUCUGUCUCUAAAACAUUAUUUAUAUCGCCUUUGACCUUUGGGGAUCAAAGAUUUCAUUUUAUCUGAUGCCCUCUAGGUCAGUCAAAAAACAAAACCCAUUUCCUUGAAAGUUCGACAAUCCUGUCCAAACUUCAACCGAUGAGCUUCGUCCAUUAGCAGAUAGUACCCAAAACCCAACCUAGAAACAUGGAACAGAAGCAGAAACUCAUGAUCUUAGUUUCAAUUCUGAUUUACUACCUGCCUUCCAUGGUGCUCGGAACAUCAUUAGAACCAGCAAAACACUUUGUGCUUGUACAUGGGUCUUGCCAUGGUGCUUGGUCAUGGUACAAGCUGGUGCCACUGCUAAAAUCAGCUGGCCAUAAUGUCACCGCCACAGACCUGGCAGGGUCAGGGGUUGAUCCACAGCAAGUGAACACUCUCAAAUCGAUUUCUGAUUACAUCAAGCCACUAAGGGAAUUCCUGGCAUCUCUACCUGAUCAAGGAAAAGUCGUCCUUGUUGGUCACAGUUUAGGCGGUUUGGCUAUCUCUCAAGCGAUGGAAAGGUUUCCUGAGAAGAUUUCUGUAGCUGUUUUUCUCACUGCCUUGAUGCCUGGCCCAACCCUCAACAUUUCCACUCUCGCACAAAAGGCAUUAAUGGAGCAAGAUUCCCAAAUGGACAACCGGUUUAGCUAUGAUGAUGGUCCCGGCAACCCUCCAACCACCUUCAUUUUUGGUCCACUGUACCUCUCUUCCAAAGUCUACCAGCUUAGCCCACCUGAGGAUUGGGCAUUGGCAAGUAUGUUGAUGAGACCAUUACGUUUGUAUAGUGUAGAAGACAUGUCAAGAGAACUUGUACUGUCAAAGAAGAAAUACGGGUCAGUUAAUCGGGUUUUUAUCAUUUCGGAAAAAGACAUGGUCUCGAAGGAAGAUUUAGUACAGUGGAUGAUCCAGAAAAACCCGCCCCAUCAAGUAGAAGAGAUCAAAGGAUCCGAUCAUAUGGUCAUGAUGUCAAAACCUAUACAACUUUGCAACCUUCUCGUAUGCAUUGCUCUGAAAUACAAUUAUUUAAAAAAAUAA